CCGGCGCUACGGGGCGGUUGAGUCCCGUUGCGAUGCAUGGAGGCUGCUUGGAAAUGCUCCCCGGGUCUCCGGAGCGCAUGAGGCGGUUCCAGCCGACCGACGGGCCGCAGAACCGGGGGGAGCCGGCCGCUGAUCCGCAGCUCUGCCAGGCUGCCACAUCAUAGGUUCGGUUCGGAGGCACAUCCGUGGACAGCGCCGUGAUCUGGAAGCCCGAAGGCUGCAAUACACAUCCCUGCGUCGCAGUGGCGGUGGACACCGUGUGAGCUGUCGGGUGGCAUCUAUGCAAUUUUAUCUCGACUUUUCAAUUUAUUAUGAGCACAGAGGAGGGAGAGGCGGGUCCAGCGUGUGGGGAGGCGAGGGGAGGCACCAGCAUCAGCCACCGCCACACCUGGGAUGAAGGCGAACCGCAAGGCUCCCAAGGACGACGGCACCCCGGCGACGAGGACGAGGCAGAGCCGGGAGAGGAGGGCCAGGAGGGCUGCCGGGAGGGCCGGAGCUGCGGGGAGGCUUGUGAGGGGAACGACGGGGGGAAUUGUUCCAGUGAGGAUGGGGCUGUCGGGGGCACAUCGUGCAAGGAGCAGACGAUGCAUUCAAACUGCAGCAGCGAGAACUGCAUCCCCACUCCCAGCUGCAGGAUCUGCUUCCAAGGCGCAGAGCAGGGCGACCUGUUGAACCCGUGUCGCUGUGACGGCUCGGUGCGUUACACCCACCAGCACUGCCUGCUGAAGUGGAUCAGCGAGCGCGGCUGCUGGACCUGCGAGCUCUGCUGCUACCGCUUCCAUGUCAUCGCCAUCAACAUGAAGACGCCCUGGCAGUGGCAGUCCAUCACCAUCACCCUGGUGGAGAAGGUGCAGAUCAUCGCCGUGUUCCUGGGCUCUCUCUUCCUGGUGGCGAGCAUCUCCUGGCUGCUGUGGUCGGCGCUCAGCCCACAGGCCGUAUGGCAGCGCCGCGACGUCCUCUUCCAGAUUUGCUACGGCAUGUACGGCUUCAUGGACCUGGUCUGUGUAGGUCUGAUUGUCCAUGAGGGGGCGGCAGUGUACAACGUGUUCAUGCGCUGGCGAGCCGUCAACCUUCACUGGGAUGUUCAGAGCUACGAUAAAGCAAAGGACAUGGAGGAGACGAGCACUGGCACUUCCUCGUUGGCCCCCAGGACGCUCUGGUUGCCUCUGGCCACUUUUGGCCCCAGCGGCCGGUUGCACCCCACCCAGCUGGGGCCGCAGCCGUGGGCCUGCCUCUGUUUGGCCCCCUUCUGCCCUGGCCUGGUGUCCCGGAACAACCUGAGCCAGGACAGUGACUCAGGAGAGGUUGUGAUUCGUGUAACAUCGGUGUAACACCAGGCAGGAGCAAAGCAUGUGAUGGUUUGCACUUGGUGGGAACAAUCUGGGCUUCUCUUUAUAAUAUUAUUACACAAUCUGUUGUUGUUGGGUUUUUUUUGUUGCAGAUUUUACUUGUUAAAUGUUCUCUGAAAGGUAUUGUUUGUCUACUUUGGGGCCGGUCCUCAAAACAAUCUCAACAGUUAAAUGCACUCAUGUGUUGUUGUUGCAUUUGUGUUUUAAUCUUGUUUUUUUUCUUUUCUUUUUCCAGCCCUGUGUUCAGCAUUCAUGUCAUCUAGGAGAGAAGGUUGUGAUAAGAAGUAUUAUCAAAAUAUCUUCAGAUAUUCUGAUUGACCUUAGAGUUCCAUUGUUUACUAUAAUAACUAUAAUAACUACAAUUGCCUAUAAUAAUUGAUAUGUAAAUGUUGUUAAAAUUUAAAGGGAAAUAAAUUAAAUUAUUAGAAAUGGAGGCAAGGAUCAACAUAAAUAAUAUACUAAAGAAAUUUAGUUUCAGUGCACAUAAAUACAAAAAAACAUCCGUUAUUACCAACUAAAGUUAAUAAGAUAUUUUGUAUGGUCUAUAUCCCUUCAGUCUGGCUCCAAUCACAAUGAGUGAUGGGCUUUGGCUGACAUGAACACAGCAUAAGGUCUGAUGUGAACCUGAACAAAACAUCUUGGAAAUAUAUCUUCAGAUAUUCUGGUAAAUGUUAGUUUUUAGCACUGUGGUUUCCUAUAAUUUCCUAAGAAGAAACUUUAAUUUAUAGAAAGGUUUCUUACCACUUGUCAUUAGUGGUGCAAAAACCUAUAUCAGUCUAACCUGGACUUUGUGCAGAAUAAAUUAGUUGAAGACUUGGGACUCAUUGCCUAUUGUCUGAUAAUGAUUUAGCUUUUCUAUUAACUCUGUAUAAACCUAUCUGCAAUCAUAGGAAGAAAUCUGUUUCGAGGGACAAGCUGAGAUGUUGUCCACACUUAAAACGCCAUAAAACACAUCAUAAAAGUUGCUGAUUGGACUGUAAACACUUACUGGUGAAUGGAAGAAGUAGUCUUGGCUCUGAUAUCUACCGGCUCCCUCAGAAACACUGGCUGUUGUCCCCAGAGGCUAAAGACAAAGACAUGGCAAAGGAGUCUGCCAUGACAAAACUGGAGCAGACUGAACCAACCCUCCCUUGAAUUACCUCCUUUCAGCAAUUUAAAUAGGUCUGCACAUUGACAUCUAUUUCAGCUAUUUGGAAAAACAAUUGACAAGUCAAAGCUUUGUGGAGAAGACCGACAGAAGUUGUCAUUGCCUGCAUCCAUAAAGAAUACAGACAGAAAAAUAGGCACAAAAAUGACAUCAAGUAAGAUGCAACUAAACAGGCUGUUGUAAGUAGUCAUAAAAAUAACUCUUAAAUUCUGAUAUUUAUUAAAUUAAAUUAAAUGAAUUUUAUUUAUCAAGCCUGGUGGUCAGGGUAUGACUACCUUUGACCCUCACAGCAGACAAGCAAAAACUCCUAAAAACCCAAUAAUUUAUGUUCUGGUACUGUUACUGGAAAUCUCUAAAACAGCUCCUGUGGCCACUAAAAAUGAUGCUGGUGGAAACGGAUUGUCCAGGGAAAACACUCAACACAAUGGUGGGCUAUCAAUAAAAACAAAUUGUCACCAGGCUUCCCUUCAGACUCAGCUGUGCUGACACAUUGCUGUUAUCAUGUUAGUAUGCUACAACUGGGACAUAAACAGAUUAGUCUCUGUUGAUCUUUAAACAUGCUGUAAUGCAUUUUUUUAUUUAAAAAUUGAGCAUGUUAGCAUGCUAACACUGGGUUAUAUUAGGUUCAGAACUGUAUUCAAAAACUGCUGGAAAAGACCUAUCUUUUUUAGCUUUUUUUUUUUGCUUCAUGUUUUAUACAAACAAACCUACCUUUGAGAAGACCAGACCUUUUCCAGCAAGCAUUAGAUGGACGAGGAUGCAGGAUUUAGACAGAUUUCAAAUGAGCACAAAACAAACUGAUGUCAGAGAGAUAUUAAAGUUUUCUGUAUGACUUUUUCAUUUGAUCCUCAGAUGAUUUGUGCCGAUAUAAAUACAUCUGUUGAAAAUUGUGGUCUGUAUGCCAUUCUGUUGAGCUUCCAGGAGCCCUGUGAUGUUUGGGUCGUGGGGUUUUGGGGUUGUGGAUAGGUUCUGGGUUCUGUUCUCGACCCUAGAGUCAUUUGGGUCAUUCGAUUUUUUUGGUGCCUUAGGAGGCUGAGUGACGGCGUCUCAACGCGCAGAAUGUGACUUUUACUGUUGGCUGUAUUUCUAUUUCUUUUGAAUGUAACAUGGAUGUAAUGUAUAAAGAAUAUUUAUAUAAA